AUGGAGGGGUUGAUUCCAUAUCUGAUUCAUGUUAUCAAGAAAGACCAUAAGCCUCAAGGUCAUGUGUAUAGAUCGAUGUCUGUAGGAUCUAGCCGAAGCUACAGACCAUUAAUGAUGGGAGAGGAAGGUUCUUCUUCAUUACAGGGAUCUUCUCACCGUCGAACAAGAUCAGAGUACAUGCCACCUGUGAUCAUGGAUAUGUUUGAUCAGACAUCAUCAAGUUUUGGUCAAGAGACUGUGACUAAAGAUUCGCCUUCUCAGAAUAUAGCAACAAAGCUUCAGCGUGCAGAUAGACGAUGAGCUUCUGUAAGAAAGAAAAAAAGUUUAUAAACCUGAUCAUUCUAUAUGUAUACCCGUAAUGAAAUUGUAGUAAGUUUCAGAUACCAGUCAAUAAUAUUAAUUUGUUUUUAUUUAUUUAUGAUAUUAAUGAAUUGUAUGAAUCAAAUACAACAGAAAAAUCAUUUGUUUUUGUUUGAUAAUUUAUUGUAUUCAACAA